AUGUCCCUCCGCCCCGACGCGCCCGCCUACCCACCCCCAAAUCCCUUCCUCUCUUACCCCUGGCCAUCAGACGUCUACUACCACCCGGGCCCCGGCAUCCACCACGCGCCAGGCUUCUAUCCAAUCGUGCCGGGCUACGAUUACACCUAUUUCCCGCCGCCGCCGCCUUAUCAGCAGGAGUUUUACGACGCGAGAUGGACGUCGAGUCAGAGUGAGAUCGUGGAAGGGAACCAGAGAUUGGACGAACGGGUUGAGGGGCGAGAGAGCGCGGCCGGUGAUGGGGAUGGAUGGGAUGGUGCUGUGACGAUUGUGAGGUGGAAGCAGAAGGGGAAGAAAGGGGGGAAGGGGAGGAGGGGGGAUAAUGCGACGAGGAGGGAGAAGGCGAAGGAGAAGAAGUAUGGGGUAGGGGAGGAUGUGGUGCAGAAGAUUGAGAGGGCGGCUUCGGAAAAGCGGGAAGAGAAGGUGGUGAUGGUGGAGACGAGGGAGAGGAGUCAGUCCAUGUCUGAGAGGAGAGUGAAGUUGUGGAGUGAGCUUUGA